GUAGAUGCAGUGAUCGAGGCAUUCUCUCUUUCUUUGCCUUGUCUCCAUCCAUAUCUCUUCUGUUUGCCCGUGUGAGGGAGUGGGACUGAGAUGAAAAAAGAGUACACUUUACGCCACUGUGUGUUGUGUGUGUAAACCUCUUCAAGAUUAAUAAUUUCAAAGUUGAAGGAUAAUCAUUAAUCAGAGAGAUGGAGAUGGAGGUUGUCCGAGAGAGGAGGAGGGUUUGUAGAGAAAUGAGCAGUCCUGAUCAUGAGAAGAGGGGCAGAGGAGUGUGUGUCCAAACAAGAAUUAUGCGGCAGCCCACCUUCAAGAAAGUUCAGGUUGUCUAUUACCUCUCAAGAAACGGACAUCUCCAGCACCCUCAUUACAUGGAAGUCACUCAUCUUGCUCAUCAACAACUUCGUCUCAAAGAUGUUAUGGACCGGCUUACAGUGCUCAGGGGCAAAGGCAUGCCCUCACUUUACUCCUGGUCUUGCAAAAGGAGCUACAAGAAUGGGUAUGUGUGGAAUGAUUUGGUAGAAAAUGAUGUGAUUUAUCCAUCAGAAGGAGCUGAAUAUGUACUCAAAGGAUCUGAACUCAUUGAGGGCUGCACAGAGAAACUGCACCAUCUUCAAGUUGGAUAUGCUGGCCAAGACUCAGACUUCCAGCCCAAACGCAAGUCGUUAGGAUCGAAACAACGGACGGAGCCCGAUGUCAUGGCCAAUACGAGGUAUGAUCGUCGUGGUGACGAUGAUGGAGGAAAUGCGGAAGAAGAUGAGGAAGAGGAAGAAUAUGAAGAGAAAAGGAGCUGCACAAGCAGCACGACCCCACACUCUCGGUGCUCGCGGGGUGUCUCCACUGAUGAAAUCGAAGAGUUUAAGCAACAACAAGAGGAUGCAAGAAAGAAUGUCCCUGCUGCUCAGCUUUCCCCUGACACCAACUCAUUCUCGUCCGGUUCCACCACGUCGUCUGCCGUCUCCGACAAGGUGAACAACAGUGCAAUUCAAAAUAGCAACAAUAAUAAUAACACGUCUAAGCGAUUUGAAGACGGUGAUCCAGUGGGGAGUGAGACAUUGCUGAGCAGAAACUCUAUGCUCCUCAGCCUGAUUGCAUGUGGUGGCUCGGUGUCGUUCAGGAAAACUGUGGCCCCACCAGUUGUGAAGCAGGCUUUGCCGCCGUGCGUGGCGGCUAGGAAGAGCAACGGUGGUGGCAGCGGCGACAUCCAUAAACGGGUUGUUUGCAAGGCGGCAGCAAAGGUGGCGGUGGAGGAGGCCGAUGAGAUGAUAAUAGGCUGCAUGUCUGAGAAUCCGCGGUUCGGCAACUUGCAGGCAGAGGAAAAGGAGUAUUUCAGUGGGAGUAUCGUGGAGGGCGUAGCCACAGAAAGAAGUCAGGUUGAGGCUGGACUGAAGAGAUCAUCUUCCCAUAAUGAAGAAAGGAGCGCCAUGAAUGGGGUAGCAGAAGCAGCUGAGGAGGAAGUGGAAAAAGAGAGAGGGGUGAAAGGGAAAUGCAUUCCGAGGAAGAAGACAUCUUCAAAAAUGUCCAAGAAAUGACAACAUGAAAAGGCUUCAUUGCAUUAGCUGUCGUCUGCUUGCAACUUUUAUUGUACCUACUUAUGAACAGUUAAUGUGGGAUUUAUGGCAAUGAAUGUGAUUUUCCCAA